AUGUGGUCAACAGAACUUUUCCAUAGUGACCCCCAAAAGAAGCAGAGAGAACUGGAGUUCUUGUACAACACCAUAUGUGAGUGGUGGUGGUUUAGGAGAACUGUUCUGAAGCACCAUGGAAUAGACAUCAAGUAUUAUCAGAAUCUCUUGGCCUUUGUAUUUGCUGUCACUGAAAUAAACAAAAACCCAAGACUGUUGCCCAAUAUCACUCUGGGCUUCCAUAUUGUAGAUCCUUGUUUGGCUGAAGCAAUGGCAACAUCUGGAAUGAUUAACAUUAUGACUGGAAAAGGGCUUCCCAUCCCUAACUAUCGCUGUGGCCUUUCACCUAACUUGGUGGCUGUUGUGGAUGGCGUAUCUUCCAAAGUGACUCUCCUUAUAGCCAGAGUCUUUGGAAUUUACAAACUCCCACAGAUUACUUAUGCAUCCAUGGAUCCAGUAUUAAGUGAUAAAAAUCAGUUUCCAUCUUUUUACCGCACUGUGCCUAAUGAAAUUGCCCAGUAUGAUGCACUUAUACACAAGUAUAUAAAGCAAGUCAGUAUUACAGACGGUGACGGGAAUGAGUUACAUUUUGAUGAGAAUGGAGAUAUGCCUUCUGACUUUGACAUUUUAAAUUGGAUUGUCUACCCAAAUCAGACUCUUGAUGGCAUCAAAACCCCACGUACACCUUGUAGUGAAACCUGCCUUAUUGGAUUUAGGAAGAAACCUAAAGAAGGAUAUCCUGAGUGCUGCAAUGACUGUGCACCCUGCCCAGAGGGUGAGAUUUCCAACCAGACAGGUGAAUAUAGAGAAACGUGUUUUAAAUGUCCAAUAAACCAAUGGCCUAAUUUAAAUAGAACCAUUUGCACUGAUAAAGUGAUCAUUCACUUAUCCUUUCAUCAGCCCCUAGGUGCAUCACUGGCUUUGUUAUCAGUUCUGUUUUUCAUCAUGACUUGUUUGGUUCUGAUGAUCUUCACUAAAUACAGGAACACAGCGGUUGUUAAAGCCAAUAACCGAGAUCUCAGCUACAUCCUCCUUGUGUCCCUCAAGAUUUGCUUUCUAUGUAAUCUGAUGUUCAUUGGCCAUCCCCGCCAUGUGACCUGCAUUCUAAGACAAACAGUAUUUGGUGUCAUCUUCUCUAUUGUUAUUUCUUCAGUUUUAGCUAAAACUGUAACAGUGGUCAUUGCCUUCAAUGCCACCAGGCCUGGAAGCAAACUGAGGAAUUAUUUAGGACCCAGAGUGCCUAAUUCCAUUGUAAUAUUCUGUUCAUUGACACAAGUGAUUAUAUGCACCAGCGGGUUAAUCAACUCUCCCCCAUUUCCUUAUUAUAACACCGAUGAUAUAGUUGGGGUGAUAGUAGCUGAGUGCCAUGAACAUUCAAGCUUUGGAUUUUACUGCAUCCUUGGAUUUAUGGGAUUAUUGGCAGCUCUUUGUUUUAUCAUCGCUUUCUUUGCUCGGACAUUACCUGAUAUCUUCAACGAAGCCAAGUUUAUCACAUUCAGCAUGUUGCUGUUCUGCAGUGUGUGGGUCACUUUUAUUCCAGCCUAUCUAAGCACUAAAGGGAAAUAUGUUGUGGCAGUGGAAAUAUUUGCGAUCUUAUCUUCUAGCUCUGGAAUUUUGGGGUGUAUAUUUAUUCCCAAGUGCUAUAUCAUCCUUUUUAGAAUUGACAAGAACAAAACAGACUUCAAAAAAAAGAACUCAGAUUGA